UCUAAAUUGCGUUGUUUUAGGAUUACAUCACUACAUCGUCGUCAGAACUAGCUGUUGGGUCUUAGCAGGCAAGAAGGGCAUCAUAAGUCCGAGGUCCUGUCUCACAGCUGUCAGUUUUUGGCAAGACUUUAAGUGACAAACUAAAAAGACGGAAGAAGACACCAGAGUCCUGACUGACCGCCUCACAAACCAAGACGAUCUGCUGCAGGACGACAGAUAGGCAUCAUGACACAGGGCAAGCUGUCACUUGCUAACAAAGGUACCAAUGAUUCAACAAGUGGCGAGGCCUUAGUGGCACCAGCUCCCCCUACAUAUGAGGAAGCCAUCGCGGGUGUCAGUGCUCCUUGCUACAAUGAUGUUGAGAUGCUCACAGAAUUCACCUGGGAUGAUCAAAACAUCAGGAGAGUCUUCAUCCGCAAGGUGUACACUAUCUUGAUGAUACAGCUUUUGGUCACUCUUGCUAUUGUGGCUCUUUUCACAUUUUGUGACCCUGUGAAGGACUACAUUCAAACCAACCCCGGGUGGUACUGGGCCUCAUAUGCUGUAUUCUUUGCCACCUACCUUACUCUAUCAUGCUGCUCUGCACCAAGGAGACAGUUUCCAUGGAAUCUGAUUCUGCUUGCCAUCUUUACCCUGUCUCUUUCCUACAUGACAGGGAUGUUGUCCAGCUUCUAUAACACCAAGUCAGUGGUGAUGUGUCUGGGCAUCACAGCAGCAGUCUGUCUCCUGGUCACAAUCUUCAGUUUCCAAACUAAGUUUGAUGUGACCUCAUACCAGGGUGUACUCUUUGUCUUUUGCAUGGUAAUGUUCAUCUCUGGACUGGUGCUGGCUGUUGUCCUUCCUUUUCAAUAUGUACCUUGGUUGGAUGCCAUAUAUGCUGCUCUGGGAGCCAUUCUGUUCACAAUGUUUUUGGCAUUUGACACCCAGCUCCUUAUGGGGAACAAGCGGUACACUAUGAGUCCAGAAGAAUAUGUCUUUGCAACUCUCAACAUCUACCUUGAUAUUGUGUAUAUCUUCUCCUUCUUCCUCCAAAUCUUUGGAACAAAACGAGAAUAAAAAUACAUUUCGAACCUGCAGACAAGAGCUAUGCCAUUAUGGAAGUUUCGACAAAUGAGAUAAGAGUCUUUUAAAAUUUUGGUGAUUGUGGUGAAAAUGUUUCCAAUCAGUUGUUGCAGCUUUAUUUUUGCCUGAUACUGAUGGGGUCACAAAUACCUUGUGAAUCUCUUGUACAACUGUGUAUGCAUACCAAUGCAUGUCAACAUCCACACCCAAAACCUUUCUCUUCUUCUCAAGCAUGUUUGUGAACCUAUGUAUCCCAAACUAUGGGCUAGCGUACUUUUACUGACCAGAAACACUCAGUGAUCUGUGAUCUCUCUCCAUUCACUCUCGAUUAAACAUUCUGGGAGCAUCCAUAUGAAGUUAUGUGGAUGCUUAUGAAUAGUACAUUCUUGAAAAUAACUGUUGAUGAUUUUUAGAAUGUUUAAAAUUAAAAAUCGUGCAUGGCUCGUAGCUCCAACCAUACCAAGUACAGUCAUUCCAUCCUCUGGCUGUUGCCAUGGGUGUCAAUUUAGUGACUGAAAGACCAAAUUUAAUUUCAAAUUAGCUGAAAGGAUGUAAAUAAUUUAGCUGUGCUUUCAGAAAGUUCCAAUAAUGUAUAUGAACUGUGAAUUACAACAAAGUCCUUUACUGUAUUUAACAGUUUGCAGGUAGAUGAUGUAUUUUUUGGGUUUUGAAUGACAUUCAGAUUUUUUUUUCUUUUCAAUUUAGAUUGUGAGAUUGUGCUACUCAUUAUCUUGUCAUUUUGUUGACUUAUAAUCAAAAAGCUUUUAGUUAGUGUCUUCACUUUGCAGCACUUUUGUGUCUUUUGUCCAACAUUUGUUUUUAAACUGGAAAUCAUAUUUGUUUCUGCAAAGAUAUUUAGUUUGAGCCUUAUAUGGUUUAGUUUCGUUACUGUGCUGAUUUAAUGUGAUGAGAGAGUAAAUAUAAACAAAACAGUGCCAAAUAUGCAAGGAUUUAACUUUUAAUAAGGCCUGCAUUUGUGAAGAGACAUGAAUGAUGAUAUUUAAUGACAUUUGGAGUUUAUUUUUUUAUGACAGAGUGAUAUAUUUCACAAAGUGUGUUAUAUAAAAUAGAAAGUUUGAUGCUUGAAAUUACUUUCUAUUAUAUAUUUUAAUGUGGCCUUUUAUUACCUUUGUUGUAGUGGUGCAGUAUAUUGUGUUAUGACGACACUGCAUUUCAUUGUAGAAGUGGUGUUACUCUAUUGUAAUAUGAGGUAUGAAAGGUGUGAACAUGGUUACUGGUUCUUUGAUUUAAUAAAAUAUCCUUACCUCUA